UCGCCUCCCCGCCGCCGUCCCGCAGGAGACUCGGGGGUGACGCUCGCCGCCCGGCGAGGGAGAGGGAGUGCGGCCGUGCCGGCCGUGGCAGCGCCCCACCAUGCCGAGGUCCUUCCUAGUGAAGAGCAAGAAAGCGCACAGCUACCACCAGCCCCGCUCCGCCGACGAGGACUACAGCCUGCGGCUCGAGACGGUGCUAGCCCAGAUCUGUGCAGACAGCAAGAUCCCCGAGGACACGGAGCUGUGCCGCACUGCCCCGCCCGAUCCGGAGACUUCCCAGGGGCGCUUUUCCCCGGAAUCCCACCUUACCGAGGCUGCCGAUGGCACCUCCGAGUCAGUGCCCAGCUGCGAGGGCAGCGUCUGUGACAGAGUGUCCGAAUUCGAGGAUUUCUGGAGACCUCCCUCGCCCUCCGUGUCGCCAGCCUCGGAGAGAUCUGUGUGUCCAUCCCUAGAUGAAGCACCCCCUUUCUCGGUGCCCUUCAAACCGUACAUGUGGAACAGCCUGGGUGGCUCUGAGCUGAGGCAUCUUGUGCAAAGCUACAGGCCCUGCCCAACGCUGGAGCGACCCUCAGCGCUGGGGCUCUUCUGCGACCGAGGCUCUGAGCCUGCCCUGUAUGGCGCUGAGUGUAGCUCUUCCCUUGGACUGUAUGGAGACUUCAGCUCCCCGGGCACGGGGCUGUUUGAGCGCUCGCCGGCAGCAGCUCCUGGACUCUAUGCCGAAACACAGCCUGGGCUGCAGCAGGAGAAGGGGCCGGGUGGCAUCAAAGUGGAGUCAGACCUCUUGUGCCGCCCACUGCUCAUCAGCACUGGCUCGUACAAGUGUGUCAAGUGCAGCAAGGUCUUCUCCACACCGCAUGGCCUUGAGGUACACGUGCGCCGCUCACACAGUGGCACGAGGCCCUUUGCCUGUGACAUGUGUGGCAAGACCUUCGGCCAUGCAGUCAGCCUGGAGCAGCACAAGGCCGUGCACUCGCAGGAACGCAGCUUUGAUUGUAAGAUCUGUGGCAAGAGUUUUAAGAGAUCUUCUACUCUGUCCACCCACCUGCUCAUCCACUCGGACACCCGACCCUAUCCGUGCCAGUACUGUGGGAAGCGGUUCCACCAGAAAUCUGAUAUGAAGAAACACACCUUCAUUCACACAGGUGAGAAGCCUCACAAGUGCCAGGUGUGUGGAAAAGCCUUUAGUCAGAGCUCCAACCUCAUCACCCACAGCCGGAAGCACACAGGCUUCAAGCCCUUUGGCUGUGAUCUGUGUGGCAAAGGCUUCCAACGAAAGGUGGAUUUACGGAGGCACCGGGAGACACAGCAUGGCCUGAAAUGAGGUCUCAGCUGCAAUAUGGAAAGCCUACAACACUAUGAGAACAGACUCCCUUGGCUUCCUUGCUGGACCCAAGCCAUUUCUGAACACAAACCCUGGCAUUACCUUUCUGAACAGAGCUCAAAGAGGAAAGAAGAGGACAGAGCCAUGCAUUGACAGCUCAACUUGGACUGAAAGUAGAAAUUAAAGGCUGUUGUUUUUCUCUUUCU